AUGGUUUGGGGCAGUAUGUCAUCAAAAGGAGUAGGAAAACUUCAUUUUGUUGAUGGAAAUGUGGAUACAAACAAAUAUUUGGCAAUUUUAGAAGAAUCGCUUUUACCAAACAUAAUUUAUUACAACUUUCAGAGACUAUUAUCGCAACAAGAAUGCCUUGCUGAGUUACUGUCUGUUUUCGGCAACGAAGCGCCACAUCAGUCGACAAUUUCCCGUUGGUAUGGAGAAUUCAAACGAGGACGGGUGAGUCUUAGCGACGAUUCCAGGGUGGGUGCAGCAGAAACGGCAGUCACCCAGGAAAACGUCGAUGCUGUGCGCAAACUCAUCAUUGAAGAUGGAAAUGUGACAUAUCGUGAGAUUGAGGCGUCCUUGAAGAUCUUAAAGACCUCAACUCAAACAAUUUUAAAUGAAGAAUUAGAAGUAAGAAAAUUAGUUUCUCGUUGGAUACCCCACCUGUUGACUGAAGAGCAGAAAGCAGCCAGGGUUAAUUGGUGUCAAAAAACGCUUGACCGUUUUAUUUACGGAAACUCAAAAAAUGUGUACAGCAUUGUUAGUGGUGAUGAAUCGUGGAUUUACUGUGAAGAAAAGCCAACAAAAGUCAUCCGUUCUCGAAGUGUUUCGAAAAAGAUGGUCGCGACGUUUGUGUCAAAAGCGAGUCAUAUUGCAACAAUUCCUCUUAAUGAGCAAGGAACUAUUACUGCGGAUUGGUAUACCACCAUUUGUUUUCCAAAAGUCAUCACCGAGCUUCGAAGAAUCAACGCCGAAAAAAGAAUCAUCCUCCACCAAGACAAUGCAAGCUCGCACACAGCCCAAAAUACAAGGCAGUAUUUAACGGAAGAAAACGUGGAAUUAUUGGACCAUCCUCCAUAUAGUCCCGAUCUAACUCCUAACGAUUUCUUUACUUUCCCGAAAAUUAAAAACAGACUGCGUGGUCAAAGGUUCCAGUCACCAGAAGAAGCAGUUGACGCAUUCAAAAAUGCCGUUUUGGAUCUGCCAGCAAACGACUGGAAUAAGUGCUUCGAAAAUUGUCAUUAA